AUGACGCGAUCCCUCCUCGGCGCCCUCUUCGUGCUGCUCGUAGCCUUCAACGCCGCCUGGGCCUCCGAUGUUAUAGACCUGACCGAUGACGACUUCGAGGCCAGCGUGCGGGAGUACAGCAUCAUGCUGGUGGAGUUCUACGCUCCCUGGUGUGGACACUGUAAGAAGCUUGCUCCAGAGUAUGAAGCUGCUGCCACAAAGCUGAAGGGAACAGUUGCACUGGCAAAGGUGGACUGUACAGCAAACUCAAACACUUGCAACAAAUAUGGAGUCAGUGGGUACCCCACUCUUAAAAUCUUCAGAGAUGGAGAGGAGUCUGGUGCUUAUGAUGGGCCUAGGAGUGCCGAUGGGAUUGUCAGCACUAUGAAGAAGCAGGCUGGGCCCGCAUCAGUGGCUCUGCGCUCUGUGGAAGAGUUUGAGAAAUUUGUAUCCGAUUCUGAUCCCUCUGUGAUUGGCGUCUUCCGUGAUCUGUACAGCGAUCCUCAUCAGGAGUUCCUGAAGGCUGCCAACAGUCUGAGGGAGAAUUACCGGUUUGCUCACAUGGAUAUUGAGGAGCUGGUGAAUAAAUAUGACUCAAAUGGAGAGGGUGUCGUUCUGUUCCGUCCACUUCGUCUUGCAAACAAGUUUGAGGAUAGCACGGUUUCCUUCCCAGCAGAUGAGAAAAUUACAACACAUAAAAUUAAGAAGUUCAUCCAGGACAACAUAUUUGGAAUCUGCCCUCACAUGACAGAAGAUAACAGAGAAUCAAUCCAAGGAAAAGACCUGCUUGUGGCUUACUAUGAUGUAGACUAUGAGAAGAACCCCAAGGGCUCAAACUAUUGGAGGAACAGGGUAAUGAUGGUUGCAAAGAAGUUUCUUGACGCCGGACACAAGCUCAACUUUGCCAUUGCCAACCGCAAAUCCUUUGCACAUGAGGUGACCGAGUUUGGUUUGGAUGCCAGUACUGGUGACGUUCCUGUUGUUGGAAUCAGAACUGCUAAGGGAGAGAAAUAUGUAAUGCAGGAGGAAUUUUCUCGUGAUGGAAAAGCAGUGGAGCGCUUCCUUCAGGAUUACUUUGAUGGUAAACUGAAGAGAUACAUGAAGUCUGAGCCAUUCCUGAAAACAAUGAUGGCCCAGUCAAGGUGGUUGUGGCCGAAAACUUUGAGGAGCUUGUAAAUGAUGACGGCAAAGAUGUUCUCAUUGAGUUCUAUGCUCCUUGGUGUGGACACUGCAAGAACCUGGAGCCCAAAUACAAGGAACUUGGAGAGAAGUUGGCUGGAGAUCCUAACAUUGUUAUUGCCAAGAUGGAUGCCACAGCCAAUGAUGUGCCACCAUCCUAUGAAGUCCGAGGGUUCCCAACUAUCUAUUUUUCACCCGCUGGAAGCAAGCAGAGUCCAAAGAGAUAUGAGGGGCAGAGAGGUCAGCGACUUCCUUAGCUAUCUGAAGAAGGAAGCUACCAAUCCUCCAAUUGUGAAAGAAGAUGAAAAACCCAAGAAAAAGAAGAAAGAAGAGUUGUAA